UUCGUCGCUUCAUUCUUCAGAUAUAAUAUACCAGGUAGUCCCUUUAACCUACAGGCAACAUCGCACGUUCUUUAAAGAGUAACUAAACGAUACUCGAUUUAAAAAAUAAAACUGCUUUUCCGGUUCCGCUCCUCGUCCGAGUGUCACCUUUGACAGUUCGUCAUUCCUUUUUCGUGCGAGGCAACAGACGCACGCGCUCCCGCAAAAAUGCCGAAGCGCAGUGCUCAAGAAAAGUUAGAACGUUACGAAAGAAAAAUACGAAAGAUACAGGAAAGACAGAAGAGUAAUACUGAGAAGAAUCGACGUCGAAUAGCACGAUCUAUAGUUUCUUCGGACGAUGAAAUUAACGAAGAUGCUGGCACGGUUCAAAUUGAACCUGAAACUGGCCUAGCUGAUCAGUGGGAAGACGAGCAUCCCCCAGCGGCAGCCCCCGCCUCACUUGAGAGCGCGGAGCCCGCACUGGACGCGGAGCCUGCGCAGGCCAUGCCGUCGCCCGCGGGCGCCCCGGACGAGGCCGCCCCCCUCGCCGCCGCCGUCCAGAUCCCCGACGUGAUGCCCGAGGCGACCCACAACGCUGUAGACUCUGUCCCCAGCUGCAUGGAUCUGGAUCCGGAAUUGAUGUCAGCGCUAGGGGCUUCUACGUCCGACACAGCUGAGUUUGGUGAAAAUAUCCAUAGUAGCCUAGCCAAUCUCUGGACCCCUUUGUUAAAGAAGGGAUUGCAAAAAGAAGAAAAGGACAAUUUAUUAAAAAAUUACCUCGUGCCUGCUAAUUGCAAAUUACUACAAGCGCCUAAGCUGAAUGCAGAAAUUUCCGCAGCUGUAUCUGAGGUAGUAAGAGGACGCGACAAGAAACUUAUUGCUUUCCAACAACAACUUGGGACGGCUACCGCAGCAGUAAACAAGGCGAUGAAUACUUUGCUUACGUCCGAUGAUAAAAUAUCAGCCCUUAGAUAUUUGAGCGAUAGCUGCCGCAUCCUGGCUGACUUACAUCACUUAUUCUCAAAAGACAGAAUAAAACUAAUAACCCCAAGCCUAGAAAAGAAUUUUCUACAUGUAAUCCAGGACACGGAACGCGACGAGACUCUCUUCGGCGCGACACUGGGAGAUAAAAUUAAAGCUAGUAAAGCUAUCGAGAAGCAGGGCUCUCAAAUAAGGAAAGUUGCAACGAGUCAGAAGAUGAACACUCCGCAAGCAUCUUCCAGUCGUCCUGCCCCUCCGGGAAACUGGUCAGGACCUCCUCGUUACUCGUCCAACAGGGGGGGGCGAGGAGGCCAGAGGAAGGCGACGUCGACGCGCGGCCGCACCUACCCCCCGGCUCACCCGCCAGCGAGGAGCUACAACCAACCGAAGACUCGUGCACAGCCUCCUCAGUAGCACAGAGAUCAUCACCCCUUACACAACAAGCUUACCCUGGGUGCCGCGAGGCUCUGCGGGAGGCGCUCGCGCGCCGCGGCACGCCGCUAGCGGCACUCGACCUCAUGCUGGCGUCACUCUCUGACAACACCAUCAAGCAGUAC